AUGAAUCAAGGAGGUGGAACCGUAAAAAUGAACCCAACUGCUGUGAAAGGCCAGAUGAAAGGCCUCCUUAAAGGACUAAGAUACAUAUCCCAAAUGUUUGAUGAGGAUGAAAAAGAAGAGAUACAAAUUGGGUUCCCAACAGAUGUAAAGCAUUUGGCACAUAUUGGAUGUGAAGAUGCAAAGGCAACUGCACCUAGCUGGAUGACAGAGUUCAAAGAACCACAAGAACAGCCUGGUGCAAAUGCAAGGACAUCUGAAAGCCAAGAUACUGGUAAUAAUAGUGACAACAACAGUACAAAAGGAGAAGGAAAGAAAAGCCACAUUCGAAGGUCAAGACAACGUUCAACAGAUAGCAAUUCCGCACCAACCUCUCCACGAGAGGAAAAGCCAUCUCGACGACACCAUUCCACCGAAACUUCUAGAAAAAACAAAUCAAAUGAAGAAGAAGAAAACAACAAACCCCCCAAACAAUCACAUCAUCGCAGAAAGCCCAAAACAACCUCUGAGGAAAAAGAUAAAGAUUCUUCCAAUAGAAGACGAACUCGAAGAUCGUCUAAAGCUGAUUCCUUAACUGAUGCGUCUUUUACGGAUCUUGGAUCUGGGUCUGCAUCUGGGCCUUCAGCCCAAUAA